GCGAAACAGAGACGUAGGCAGAUGCCGCUAGGGGCGGUGCUCGGUGGAAGCGCAAUGGCCGUGUGGGGUUCCCGGGGGCUGAGCUGCCCCGCCCGGCUUCUACUCGGUGUCCCGCGGGCGGCCGCGGGCUGGAGCAGCGGCCUCCGUCCGCGGCAGUCUGGUCUGAGAACUGUAAAUGUGAUCUCACGUAAUAUUGGCACUGCUGCUGAUUACAGUGUUUCCUAUAAAGAACUCAGAGGCUUGCUAAAAUCACAAACCACUCAUAUUGAUGUUCGAGAGAAGUGGGAAAUUGAACAGGUGGGAAAAAUUCCUGGAUCCAUCAACAUACCAUUGGGUGAGGUUGUGGAAGCUCUACAGAUGAACUCAAAAGACUUUAAAAGACGGUAUAAUCAAGAUAUGCCUACUAAAUCUGACCAUCUAGUCUUUUCCUGCAUGGCAGGUGUGCGAAGCAAGAAGGCAUUGGAUAUUGCUAUGUCUUUGGGCUUCAGCAGAGUUCAGCACUAUGCUGGUGGCUUCGAGGAGUGGGCAAAAUAUGAACUGCCAGAGGAAAAAAAAUGACAAUUUUUGGAAUAUUAACCUUAUUAUAGUGUCCUGAAAUCUUCAGGUGGCUAGUAAUAUUAGUAUGAAAUAAAAUUAACAAUGGAGAAUGUAGUGUAAAUGGGAAUAUUUAUUUAAAUACUAAACUUAAUACACUGUUAAAUGUAGCUGAUUAUUCUGAAUUUUAAAUUGUGAUUUGAACAUUCUAUUUGUGUAGUCUUCAAUGCUCACUUUCCCUUGAUCACAUGUUAAAAUUACUAUGGAACUAUUCCAUAAAUAAAAAAUGUCUACUGUAAAAACUGAACAUACAAUACAAUUUUGAUAUACUUCAAAAAUGUACAGCAGGGGAUCAUGAUUAAACAUAUUAAGAAACUUAA